AUGGACACGGUCAGCCAACUAAAGGCCGAUGUCAUUACGGUCAACAAGGUUGCUGCGCAAAAUGACGAGACACGUUACGACCACGACGACGAAAAGUAUCACGACGAGAAGCACGUCGAUGAGGAGGGCGCUGCUGCUGCUCCGGCUGGACCUCCAUCAGAGGGCGUGAACGACUCGGCUUCCAUUGUCCGGAAGCUUACGUCGAAGCAGGAAUUGAUCGUCUUUUCGGCUUGUUGCAUAUCCUUGUUCCAGGCCGGGUGGAAUGAUGCUAGUUCGGGUCCGCUCUUGCCUAGUCUGCAAGCCCGCUACGAGAUUCGGUACCUUGUCAUGAGCAUCAUCUUCCCUGUUCAAUGCGCCGGAUUCAUUACCGGAGCAUUAAGUAACGUCUGGUUGACGGAUCGCUUCGGAUUGGGUUGGGUCGUUCUCAUCGGAGGAGGAUUCCAAACGCUGUCCUUCGCCCUCAAUUGUUGGCUGCCACCUUAUCCCCUGUUCGUGGUCGCCAUGUUUUUCAACGGUGUCGGAACCAGCUUGCAGGACGCCCAAGCAAACAGCUUGACCAACCGUUUCCGACGUCCAGACGUCAAGAUGGCAUUGAUCCAUGCAGCCUAUGGUCUUGGUGCGACCUGCAGCCCCUUCGUAUCGACUCUCUUCGUCGAGCAUUAUCCUCAACGGUUCUAUUUCUACUUCCUGGUCUCGCUGGCUCUCACGAUCGUGAACAACGUCUGGUGUGUGCUGGUAUACCGCUUCAGAACAGCCGAUCAGGUUUUGGGACCCGAGCCUCCCGAGCAGGUGCAGAACGCGAGUGGAGAAUACGAAGAGAUGGCCGAACAAAGCAGUGGAGACAAGAUGAAGAGAAUCAUGAAACUCAAGCCUACUUGGGCUAUCGCUUGUCAUUUGUUGGCCUAUGUCGGUCUCGAGGUUACGAUCGGUGGAUGGAUUGUAUCAUACUUGAGAGAAGUCCGAGGUGGUGGUGUCGAUUCCGGAUAUGUCGCCACCGGUUUCUGGGGAGGUCUGACGGUCGGACGAGUCAUCUUUGUACCACUGAACCGAAAGAUCGGAGAAGGUCUGGCUGGAUAUUUCUACCUGUCUUGCGCCGUUGGCUUGCACUUCGUGGUAUGGUUUGUACCCAGCGUCAUCGGCAACGCCGUCGCUGUCAGUAUUAUCGGAGUGUUACUGGGACCUAUCUAUCCUAUCGUGAUGAACGCCUGUGCGAAGAUUUUCCCUGUCGGUAUCGUUACCGGAGCUAUCGGAUUCGUCGCAAGCUUCGGGGCAGCUGGAGGCGCCAUCUUCCCCUUCGCUACCGGAGCCCUAGCGGACAGGUUUUCUAUCAAGGUCAUGCAACCUUGCAUCCUGGCUCUUAUGCUGGUCUGCGUGAUCACCUGGUUCCCCAUCGACUUUUCCAUGCGCAAGGCCGCACGAGCCAAGCUCAACCGUUAA